GUACAUGAUAAAUGUUCGACCGUCUAUGAUAAAAUGUUCGACGAUUUGACCCUGAUAAAGGGGAGUCCGAUUCCGGCUUUCGUUUCGCAUCAGGAGGCCGCUUUUGCGGUAUCCGAUGAUGCUGUUGUCGCCUGCGCCGGGUCGAAUGUUCUCUAUACAUCGGCGAAAACAGACCUGACACAUGUUGUGCACGCCAGCGAUUCUUUCCGGGGCUCCUUUGGGUGCAUCUUAUGGCGGAGACGUUGAUAUUUGAAAUUAGAAAUUACUUCCUUUGUUUAAUGAAAUAUCCUGUCUUUCUUGGUCUUUCUCGGUUCAUCAACAGUACUACUUGUGGUCAGGUGGGUAUAAAUAUCAUCAUCACGACCAUCGUCUUCAUCACCAUCAUCUUCGUCAUCAUUCAUUCACACAUUCAUCACACAGCACGCAAACCGCGUUUUUGUUCUAAUUCUAGACAUUCUCAGCGCUUGGAUCGCAGUUGGUGAGAGUGCUCCCGCUUCACGAGUGCCUCCAGAUGUACCUCCAGCAGUACAAAUCCUGAAAGUUUUUACGGAGAACAAGAAUGGAGAAGGACGAGAUGUUGACCAUCAUAACGGAGAAGGAAAUAUUGACCACCACGGAGAAGGAAAUAUGGAGAACAAGAAUGGAGAAGGACGAGAUGUUGACCACCAUAACAACUGCUUGCCACGAUGCUCACUCCUGCAUUCGCUACGACACCCAGGCUGGCGUGGCAUCAGUACAGUACGCUUCGUUCACGAAGGGUCGCAGGUUUUGGUCGUAGUGUUAAGGUUGGCUUUGGCGAGGAGUCUCAAUGUGGAUAGUAUCAUACCAUAUUAA